AUGUGCCGUCUGGUGGCGCGCCGUAACGACACGCCGCACCUGGUGGCGCUGCAGCCGCAGCCAGAGGUGGUCAGCGACGGCGUGCAGACGGCGCCGCCCGGCUUCCACGUCAUCUACCUGCCGUUCGCCGACGACGUCCGCCAGCUGUCGCUGCCGGCGCCGCGGCGCGCCACGGACGAGCAGAUCGAAGCCGCCCGCGCCAUCGUCACCAAACUGCGCUUCAAGUACGCGCCCGAGAAGAUCGAGAACCCCCAGCUGCAGAAGCACUGGAUCAACAUCGAGGCUUUGGCGCUGAACCGGCCUGAUGUGGAGGAGUUCACUGAUUACACCGCACCGGACGUGGAGCGGAUCAGGAAGAACGCGGGGCCGCUGAUUGAGAAGUUCCAGGAGCUCGUGUAUCCGGAGGGGUACGACCCGCUGGCCAAGAGCAAGCCGCGGGCGCCCGCCGCCAAGCGGCCCAAGCUGGACCCCGACGCCGUGGACGUGCGCGCCCUGGCACUCGAAAAGAAGGUCCACACGACGACGAUGCCCGUGCUGAAGGCGUUCCUCCAGGACGCUGGCGUGUCCGUCAGCGGUCUGAAGAAGGCCGACCUUGUCCAGGGCCGUGUUUGGAGGCAGAUGUAG